AUGGCAACCACUGCCGGAAACCAGCCCUACCAGGGCUCCAGCAGCUCAGAUGAGGGGGCAUUGAGCACCUGGGAGGAGCUGGAAGUCACUCAGCCCUUUCUCCAGGAGAAACUCCGCAUGAAAGUGGCUGACCUGGUGGAGUUCCUGCUCCUUAAGUUUCGCACCAAGCAGCCAACCAGCCAGGCAGAGAUGCUGGAGAUAGUCAGCAAGGAUUACCACGAUUACUUCCCAGUGAUCUUGGGCCAGGCGUCCGAGUGCAUGCAGCUGGUCUUUGGCGUGGAUGUGAAGGAAGUGGACCCCAUCGAGCACUUCUACGUCCUGGUCACCGUUCUGGGCCUCACCUGCGAUGCGAUGCUGAGCGGUGAGCAGGGCCCGCCCAAGACCGGCCUCCUGGUGGUGCUCCUGGGGGUGAUCCUCCUGGAGGGCGACCGUGCCCCCGAGGAGGUGGUGUGGGAAGCGCUGGGGGUCAUGGGGGUGUAUGCCGGCGAGGAGCACAUCAUUUACGGGGAGCCCCGGGAGCUCCUGACCAACGUCUGGGUGCAGGAAGGGUACCUGGAGUACCGGCAGGUGCCCGGCUGUGACCCUGCCCGCUACGAGUUCCUGUGGGGUCCCAGGGCCCACGCGGAAACCAGCAGGUUGCAGGUGCUGGAGUAUUUGCUGCGGGUCAAUCGUGGGCUGCGUUUCCUCAUGGCCCCGUCUGAAGAGGCUGUGAGAGAUGAAGAAGAGGGUGCCUGA